AUGUCUGGUCUUUCGGUCCCUACGACAUCCGCUCUCCCCUCCUCAGAAUUGAUCUCCUCAUCUCACCCCGCAGUCGUCAAAACACUCAACAGACUGUCACGACCGUCCCUGCUCUCCCUCGCUCUCGAUUGGCUCGAUGAAAGGAACCAGGAAAAUACUGCACCAUAUUUAGCGGAGAAAGGGAACGAGGACGAUGACGAACAAGAUCUCUAUCCGCCUGCAUUAUCUCUCGCAGAAUUACGUGAGAUAUACACGGAUAUCCAGGCACGGAAGGGGAGCAAGCGCGAUGCAUUAGACAGGAUCAUAGAAGGGGAUUGGAGGAAUGGGAUUACUCUAUACCAAUUAGCAAUGGCCGACAUGCAAUACCUCUACGACCAUCCCUUGUCCCAAAAAUGGACCGCUCUUAAAGUUGUACGCCUCGCAUCUGAAGGAGAAGAAAUCUCAAAAUCGAAAUCGAUACCACGCUUCCACCCCGCGACAUUCCUCCGAAACCUACAGAGAGAAGUUUUACCAGACGUUAAGGCACAUUACAACCUCGAUCGUCACCCAACACUCCCUCUCUUGCUCCUCCGCAUCUUCAUAGUCGAAAGCCCAUACAAUACCCCCCUCGCCCUCUCUUCAAAACAAGCCACAACCUUUGACGCAAGCAAGACGUUCUACGUAGCUUUCCCAGAUGACUCGCCAUAUGUCUACGUCUCACUUAACACCGCGGCUGGGCAACCCGUGUCGAGGUCAGAGAAUAAGAGUCUGCGACGCUUAACUUUGGAAGGGAUUCCUAAGGCUUUCUCACGCCCAAGAGAAAGGUAUAAACUUGAGUCUACGAGUCUUUCGGCAAAGAAUCUGGAUGCGCUGGUUGAGCUCAGGGGUGGGGGACGGACGAAUGCUGCGGGAGGAGGUUGGAGUGUGUAUACGGAGGAGAAAAGAAAUGGGGGAGAUAAUCCGUUAGAGAUUCAACUUCCUAAGCCGGAAUCGGAUAUUGAUGAAUUGCAAGAAGAUAUGCCAAAAGGACUUAAAAGACGGAGGAAAUAUGAUGAUAGGGUGGUCAAGAGAAGAAAGAUGGUUGCGAAAGGUAGGUUUGGAAAUACUGCAUUGCCAGAUGAUGGGAAAGGGAUAGAGAGGCUCGAUAUUCGGAUUGAUGACCUAUUCCCUGCUGGGAAUGCCGAACCGGUUAAGGAUGAUUAUGCGUUGGCUGAUGAGCUUGAUCUUGGAGUCACCAAAAAGAAACAGAGUGGACGACGGAGUACCAUUACGUUUGAGUUGGACAAGCAUGAUAAUGAUGAAGAGGAUAGCAGAGAGGAAUGGAGACCAGAUAUGCGACUGACGUUCAUCGGCCAACAUGUAUUUGCUGGAAUUAGGCAGUUGGUUGAAGCUGGUGUAGUUGAUGGAGAAAAGAUGCCUGGGUGGAUGGCGGGCGAAGAGGGUCUCCCGCGCAUCUUCAACACUCUCCUCCACUGUCCUCCCACAUUCCGCACCUUCACCAUGGCCUCCGCGACCGCAAUCCCCACUCCGGUGCAAUCCUCUCACAAGCCCCGCUACAUAGAUAUAGGCAUCAACCUCACUGAUCCCGUCUACACCGGCCUCUACCAUGGCACACAACGACACCCCCCCGACCUACCAGCCGUCGUAUCGCGCGCGCUAGACGCAGGCUGCAAGAAGUUGAUCGUGACGGGCUCUGAUGUCGCCGAGUCGAGGAAGGCUAUCCAGUUAUCCAAAGACCAUCCUGGAGUAAUCUACAACACCGUAGGCGUACACCCCUGCUCCUGCCAACAAUUCACGCCCGCGCCCUCCGCAAUGCUCCAUCAAUUAAAGACUCUCGCCCUCCAAGCGAAGCACGAAGGUCAAUGCGUAGCAUUCGGUGAAAUAGGCCUCGAUUAUGACCGCCUCCCCCUCUGUCCCAAAGACAUCCAACUCGAGUAUUUCGCCGCGCAGCUCGACAUAGCCUGCGACCUUGACCUCCCCCUCUUCCUACACAGCAGAGCCGCACACGCCGAUUUCAUCCGCCUCCUCAACGAGCGCCAAGCCCAACUACCGAGACGCGGCGUCGUGCAUAGUUUCACGGGCACGCUGGAGGAGAUGCGGGAGUUGGUGCGGGAAGGCUGGUAUAUCGGUGUCAACGGGUGCUCGCUGAAAACGCCGGAGAAUCUAGAGGUCGUGAGAGCUAUUCCGCUGGAUAAACUCAUGCUCGAGACUGAUGGCCCGUGGUGUGAGAUCAGGGCUAGUCAUGCGAGUGCGGGGUUUGCAAAGGGGUACGUGGAGGGUGUGAAAUGGGUCAAGAAGGAGAAGUGGGUUGAGGGUGCACUAGUCAAGGGGAGGAAUGAGCCCUGUUUGAUUGGGAAGGUUGCGUGGGCUGUUGCGGGCAUUAGGGGCUGUAGUGUUGAGGAGCUGACAGAGGCUGCGUGGGAGAAUACGGUCAGGGUUUUUGGUCUUGGCGAGGUAUCGUGA